CGAUUUUCCCUUGCCUCGCCUUCAUUUUCCUCCUUCUCCUUCAGCUUGCUUUUUUCCCCAGGGAGAUACUGCAGCAUUCUACCCCGGUACACUACUUGAUCACCUGUACAGUACCUUUGUCCUGUAUAGUAGGCCUCGCAUACCCAUCACGGCGGCUGUGACCUUGUUCCGUACAUUGACUCGCGCGCCCAGUCCAUAGUCUCUCCCCGGAAAUCCUGCCUUUUCCGAACCUUUCGCAGCCAAAACACCUGGACCCUGGGCCGAGCCACAUACAAAUCAUCACCAUCCUAUACUCUACGAGCUCUUGGUCAAAGGCUCUCAGUGUACUCCGUACAGUACGAUAUCGCUACGAAGAGCGCGCUGCAUCCUGUCGUUGCUGCUUACCGCUAUUUGACCAACCUCACCAACCAAGUGGUUAGCGAGAUCUUGGAACGCAAGGGAGGCGAGAAAACAGCCAGUCGAGCUUCUCCCUGCAUCCUUGUCGCAGGAUUUACAGAAUCCCCAUUGCUCCAUUUCCCUCCUCUGCGGCACCUUGCAUUACAGCCACGCAUUCCAGCUGCAUUCGCCCUCCAAUCACUUUACGCCUGGCGCUGUCACACUGGCGACACUCCCUUGUCCAACCUGACCGCAGCCUGAAUCAUCAUCGUUCGCAACCCCCGUCCCAUACAUUUUUCUCUACCAGAACAUUUCGCCAUACUCUACCUCCGACAUUGUGUCUCUCUCUUUCUCUGUCCGUCCUCGUCGUCGUUAGACAGACAUUUCACGACUACACCACCAACACAUGACAUUAUCUCGUCAUGCCUUACAAUACUCGCCGAAAGUCUCUCUCCCUGCCCUCGCUGGGCAUCCAUCUGCCUAAUGGGUCUCGUGUACACCGCCCGAGCCUGAAGGCUACACCAACUCCCGACACCACUCAGUCUCCUCCUACAAAGAAAUUAAAACGUUCACACGACACCGACGGCCCUCUCUCCCCAGUCUCGUCGCCACGAUCCAAGACUGGCUCUCCUGCCCUCGAUCUGCCCGAGUCUGCCCUACCCUCACGGCGAGUUCCCACUGAGCAGACCCCUCCACCAUCUCCUACACUCGGUGCGCAGCCUGUUCGGAAGGUUGACCUUGAGGGAAUCAACGACGACAUUGUCAUUGCAGUCAUUACACAGUUGGAAAAGACCGGCAACCGUCCACACCUCAUCAAAGAUCUCGCGACCAUCCUUGCUUCUACAAAUUCAAGCAUUGCACAUUCUGCAAACCCAGCUGCCCUCCUAUCCUCCCGUCUCAGCCUAUACCUGAAACGUCCAUGGACCGCAUUGUCCCCGUGUCCUCUGGCGAAAGAGCUGAUCCCCGUUCACCCAAGAAAGGUCUUCUUCUUCCUCACCACUCAACCACGCCUUCCAUUACCCACCUCGUCUGACGAUAUUCUCCCACCAUCUAUUGUCAAAGCAAAGAUCCUUACGCCCAGUGUUUCUGAACACAGUCAAAAUGAGGACGAGCUCGAUUUGGAUCAACAGUCAAGAGCACGAUUGUCGCCCAGCCCAGAAGUAGAACUUUACUCGCCAGAGCUGGACCAAGAAGACCCCAUGCAGCCACCUACCCCGGGUGAGCCCUACAGCAAUCGCAGUAGUCUGAACCCAGACGGGAUGCCCGAAGUACGCCGCAGGCCCAACCGCGCCCCAAGCCCACCGCUCGAGGCUGAUGAGAGAGGUUUCACUGAGACAGCCACCGCUGUGCGAGCUCGUGGAAUGAGUACGCACAACCUUCCGGUCCAACCCUCAGUUGAGGUGGACUCGACCAUGGUUGCAGUGACCGAAGAGACUCCAGAGCAGCGCCAGAGCCGUGAUCGUGAACUGGGCAUGGAACUGUUCGGCCAGUCGCAUCCGGGUCUCAAUCCCCCAGAGCAGAAAUUGUUUUCUAGCAGUCCAAUGAUCCAAGCAAGGACUGAUCAUUCCUCCACCUUGGGAAGGAUGAACAUGGCACUGCAACUGGAUGAUAUUGACAUGGGUGAAUCUUCCUGGGCCAUGAUGAGUCCUGAGCAGAUUGAUCUCGACGAACUUGACGUUCUCUUUACAGGCUUUUAAGCAAAACCUAACUCUUCUCGGCUCGAUCAAAAUGGAUCAAUCCCGACUCCUCCCUCUCCACUUUCCGUCCAUGCAGGACGACUCUUCGAACAUGUCUUCUCCGAUCUUUUCAGUGCAUGUCAGUGUAUGCGGUAGAAAUUUGUCUUCUUUUCAGCGGGCGUUUUAGCAAGGUGGUUGAUGUUGACUCAGGCGUGAUAUGAACAGAGGACGAUCAAGUAGAUGUCAUGUGAGGAGAGAUGAUGUGUGGUAUGCCUCGACAAUGAGCAGACGAAACACUAUGUAGUAUUAGCAGACAAAAGCUGCCUUGAGCAGCAAUUUCUAGAUCUUCAA